AUGGCCGGCUCGGCGCAGCCUCCGGUGGCGGCGGAGGACGGCGGCCCCGACGGCGGGUCGCUGGCUGGGGGCGGCGAGGCUUUCGGGGACCGCUCCCUCAGCCAGGGCUUGAGCGUGCUGGUGGGGCUGGCGCUCUGCGUGACCAUGCUGGGGCUGGGCUGCGCCGUGGAGCUGGGGCAGCUAGGCCAGCAGCUGCGCCGGCCCGUGGGGCUGCUGCUGGCGCUGCUAGGGCAGUUCGUGGCCAUGCCGCUGCUGGCCUUCCUCCUCGCCCUCAUCUUCGCCCUGGACGAGGUGGCGGCCGUGGCUGUGCUCAUCUGCGGCUGCUGUCCAGGGGGCAACCUCUCCAACCUCAUGUCGGUGCUCGUCGACGGGGAUAUGAACCUCAGCAUUAUCAUGACGGCCUCCUCUACACUGCUGGCCCUCUUCCUGAUGCCCCUCUGCCUCUGGGUCUACAGCCGUCACUGGAUCAACACGGCCCUGGUGCAGCUGCUGCCCCUGGGGGCGGUGAGCCUGACGCUGGGCAGCACCCUGCUGCCCAUCGGCCUGGGGGUGCUCAUCCGAUACCGGCACCCCCGUGCUGCAGACCUCCUGGUGAAGAUUUCCCUAUGGUCCCUCUUGGUGACUCUGGUGAUCCUGUUCAUCCUGACUGGGACCAUGCUGGGCCCAGAUCUGCUGGCACAUAUUCCUGCGUCUGUCUACACCAUUGCAGUGCUGAUGCCUCUAGCAGGGUAUGCCUUGGGAUAUGGCUUAGCCACGGUCUUUAAAAUGCCCCCACACUGCAGGAGAACGGUGUCUUUGGAAACAGGGUGCCAAAACGUCCAGCUCUGCACCGCCAUCCUAAAACUCACCUUCCCCCCAGAGCUGAUAGGGAGCAUGUACAUGUUUCCCUUGCUCUACGCGCUGUUUCAGUCAGCAGAAGCGGGACUCUUUGUGCUGGCGUACAAGAUGUACGGGAGAGACCGCUAUAAGCAAGAUACGCUCGGUGAGGAGGAAGACACGGAUAUUUCCUACAAGAAACUGAAGGAAGAGGAGGUGCCUGAUACUUCGUAUGGCACAGUGACCGUGGAGGAGCACAACUCCAUUCAGAUGGAGCCGACUCAGACAGCACUUUAGGCAAGAAAAGGAGGAGACACUGAGGGUUGUGUGAUGUGCUUGCCACCAGGCUAGGGCCACACUCACCUCUGCGCAAGUGGAGCUGCCCAGCCUCCCAUCAUUUCUCCAGCUGCUUCCAUUGUACAAGGUGAUGUGUGUUUAUUACUGUGACACUCGUAUUUCCUCAAAAAUACAUAUGAAAGAAAUUUUAAAAAGCAGGGAGGAAGUAUCAUUGCAACACAAGCCAGUAACCCUACAUCUUCAUGCGAGGAGGCUCCUGCCCACCGGAGUGCAGCAGGAAUGGGUACCGGGAGGCAGAGCAGCAUUUUGCAGAGGCAAAGCCAAUGCUGCGCUGCGCUAGUGCAGACCCACGGGCAGACAAACCAUCUUUCUCGCGCAUUAUCUCCGUGCCUCCCACCCGCUGUAAAGGCAUUGUGCUUGUUGUUUUCACCACAAAUACAUGGCAAAG